AUGGAACAACCUGGUAGAGGUGGAACGCAAAGUAAAGGUGGAGAUGCAUAUCAUGGUCUUGAGUUAUAUCCUGAUUAUUCUGGGCGUCUAGGAUUUGGAGGAGAUGGAAAGUCUUAUGCUUACGGCGGCCCAUCGGGGGGUGGAGCGUAUUUCGGCGGUGGCGGCGGGUGUCAGGAACAUGCUGGAGCUGGUGGUGGGUCUAGUCAUGCUUCCUCUUUGUUUAAGAAUGUUCAAAUGCAAAGAGGAAUAAAUUGGGGAGAUGGAAGAAUCAUCAUUACCGUGAUUAGUGCAAUCAAAGUGAAUAAAAUUAAAUCAUGCAUCUGUUUCAAUUUUCAUUCAGAUACAGUCCCAUUAUUAUAUAUCCUUUUUGUUUCUUGA